CUUAUGGGGAGGGGUGAUUUUCCCACGACGGCAGGAGGGACAUACUGUAGAGCAGGAAAGAGAGACAGAGCUAAACUCUUCAUGCCAGAGAGACUGAGAGUUAUCUAGCCGUCCGUUUCUACCUGAAGACAUGGAGCCCCAUUUCCUGAUGAGACUGUGGUGAGACCGGUGCAGCCCUGUCACGCCCACAGCGCCCCCUUUCGGCCCGGACGGCCCACCACGCCCCGGCGCCUAUGAAAGGGUACCAUGUCAGCCGUAGCAUGUCUCAGCAUUCCUCCGGUGGUGGCGGAGGAGGCCCCUGCCACUGCACGCCUGAGGAAUGUGACGGCCCAGGCAGAGACUACUACCAGGGUCACAGCGAUGGCCACUAUUAUCCUCCGGCAGGUCCUGCUGAGUCUCUGGCGCUGGAGAGGCACCAUUCCCACUCCCACUCCCACUCUCACAGCCAUUCUGGUGGGGGCACCUUCCCCCGCUCCCACCCCAGCCAGCACCCACCACUCCAGUCGUUUGACUCUUGCGAGGAGUGCCUGUCCUCAGGUCAUGGGGGUAAGAUGCACCGCAUUCCCCCGAACCUGAUGGAUCAGUUUGAGAAGCAGGUACCCUUCCACCCUGAUGGCUUCCACACACUGCAGUAUCAGCGCACCGCUAGUGGGGGUGCUGAGCAGCGCAGUGAGAGCCCCUCGCGCAUCCGCCACCUGGUCAACUCAGUUCAGCGUCUCUUUGCCAAGUCCCAUUCCCUGGAGGCACCAUCCAAACGGGAAUACAACGGCACAAGAGGAGGAGGGGACUACCGUGGCGAAAGAGGAGGAGGCCACAGGAGUGGAGGGGAGGACGGCGGAGGUCACUACUCCGGCCACCAGUCUCGGUCUACCAGGAGGAGCAAGUCUCGAGAGCGCAGUAAGAGUGGAGACUCACGGCAUGAGUCAGGAAGACGCCACCGCAGCAGGACAGCAGGCUGGUGGAGCUCUGACGACAACCUGGACAGUGACAGCAGCUUCCUGGUGAGCGGGGGCAGGCGGGGGUAUCCCAGUGGACACGAGAGCCUGGAUGCCGCCAUCCAGGAGCUCACCAUGAAAAAGCCCAAGGAACGAGGGGGCGGGCCCGGGCCUGGGCAUGGGGAGUGCAUGGCCUGUACCACAAUGGCGCUGGCCGGGAGUGAAGGAGGAGGACACCACGGGCACCAUGGCCACUCCCUGAAGAGGAGCACCUGGUCAGCCAUGACAGUGAGUCAAGCCAGGGAGGUGUACCCUUCCACCAGGGGCGGAGGAGGCUAUGACAAAGCCCUCGUGCCCAUUGAGAGCAAGCUGAAGGAGAGGACCUUCCACUACCUGCAGGUCCCUUCAGAAGACUGGGGAGGUGGAUACGGUGGUGGCAGCGUUACUGACAGUGGAGGAGAGAUUCCGUGCCGACGCAUGCGAAGUGGCAGCUACAUUAAGGCCAUGGGCGACGAUGAUAGUGCUGACUCGGACACUAGCCCCAAAGCCUCGCCCAAGUCCACCCUGAUCGCUCAAAGGGAUGCUUUUAGACGAUCUAUCAGCAUGGAUCAAAGGUACUCAUGUAAGCAGUGUACUGACUCCUAUCCUAACAGCCGAACCACACCCAAAACCCACACCCGCUCCCGUAGUUACACCCGCUCCCUGACCAGCUCACAGCUGGGAGACACGUUGAACCGUCAGUUUGAGGCAGUUUGUGAGACCAUGUUCGGGGAGGUGGAGUCUCAAGCAGUCGAGGCCUUGGAUCUUCCGGGGGUGUUUCGCACUCGCAGCCACAGCUAUGUCCGCGCCAUCCAGGCCGGCUGUUCCCAGGACGACGACUGCCUCUCCGUCUUCUCCAUGUCAGGCCCCCAGGGAAGCAUCAAGGGCGGGGCCGUCUUUCCUUAUCGCAAAGGUGCUCCUCCCCCACUCCCGCCACGUAUGUCCAAGUCUUCACUCUCAGUGCGAGCCCAGAGCAGCACUGAGUCCACCCAGGAUGCAUACUUCCAGAACAGCGGACAGUUGGCUGCAGGCUCAGGCCCUGGGCGCCCCAAACAGCACAGCAACUCCGUGGACCUGGGCGGCUCUGAUGGGCCUUCAGGUCGCUCCUCCAGAGGCGGCUACUACAUCACCGCAGGUCCUGGACGUUCCCGGCAGCACAGUAAUUCGGCAGAGAGCCUGGACGGGGUCAGGAGUUCACGGGAGCUGGUGCCCUACGGAGGGGGUCCGGGAGUUGGGGUGAGGGCCAAACACAGCAGCUCGGCUGACAGUUUGCUGGAGGGGCCACCCAGGCCAGCCAGGGAGAGGGACAGCAGAGUCGGAGGCAGCCUGGGGAAGUCAGUCUCUCUGCCUCAGAACAGCAUCGUUUUGAGUAAAGCUGGAGGGCAGGAUGAAGGACGUGAUGGGAGAAAGUGGAGGCCAUCCAUAGCUGUGCAGGUGGACAGCUCGGAGACUCUGUCAGAUUCAGACGCGGAGGGCAAAGCUCUUACGGAGGUUCACUCUAUAGGAGUCCAAGUGGAAGAUGACAAAAGACGGGCUCGUUUCAAGCGAUCCAACAGCGUGACGGCAAGCGUGCAGGCCGACCUGGACCCCGAGGGCUUCCCGGGGCUCAGCAUUGCCGUGCCAACACAGGACAAGAGUCUCCAGUUUGGCUGUUCAUUCCAAAGGCACUCGUCAGAGCCAGAGUCAGCAAGCCAGUACACAGAGUGCCAUCGCACUGUCCACACACAGGGACAGUGGGCCUACAGAGAGGACUUUAUCCAGAGUGGCUACACCACUGAGGCCUGCCCAACAGACCCACGCCCCCACCAGCACCCGCACUUGCCUCCACGUUCCCACUCCCCACUCCCCAUCACCGCUGAGCGUGCCUGGGCGGGGACACCGUCCCUGGAGGGCCCCCGGAGUCUGCCUGACUCAGGCCGGGCCUCGCCCUGCAUGAGAGAUGGAGAGUUCUUCUUACGCCUGCUGCAGACAGAGGUGGAGAGGAUGGAGGGCUGGUGCCAGAACAUGGAGAGAGAGGCAGAGGAGAAUGAACUGCCAGAGGAGAUUCUUGAGCUGAUUCGUAAUGCAGUUGGCAGCGCCCAGAUGCUAAUGUCUCAGAAAGUCCAGCAGUUCUUCCGCCUCUGUCAACAAAGUGUGGACCCAUCCGCUUACCCCCAGCCCACCUCUCAGGACCUGGCAGGUUUGUGGGACCUGCUCCAGCUCAACAUAGAGGACGUCAGGGUCAAGUUUCAGGACCUCCAGAGGCUCAAGGAGUCUGGUUGGAGGCUCCCACCUGAAAAGAAGGAGGAUAAGAAGCUUCCUCCUCCCUUACCAAAGAAGCCAGCAGGCGGGGUGAGUGGCAGCCUCCGGGCCGAUAGCGUCGGGGAUGUAGGGGCCGGAGGUGGGUCAGGGGGCCUGGUGGUGCCUCGUGUGGGUGGACAUACCCUACCCAUCAGGGAGAAGUCCCUGGACCUCGGGGACCGUCAGAGGACAGAAGCGAGGAGGAGGCUGCUGCAGACCAAGCGUACCGCCUCCUUCAGGCAGAACUCGGCCACAGAGAGCGCCGACAGCAUCGAGAUCUACAUUCCCGAAGCCCAGACUCGACUCUGAACACAAGACUGAGGUGUCUCCUUCCCACCUCGUCGCUCACCCUCACCCCUGCAAAACUGACCUGCGCACCAAUCUCAGUCCUUUUCUGAGCCCAGUUUUGGAUCCUCUUUAGGUCAUUGCUAACUUAUCCUCUACCCUUCCCUCAGCAUUUCCAUCAGUACACUUACCACUAUUCCAAAUUCAGUCCUCUUGCUCAUGAAACAAGCAAUGACAGCCAUUUUAGUGUCUUGAAAAUUGGACACACUACUGACAUAGAGGCCUAGACCUGAAAUGGUAGCUAGCGGAUAUGAGUUACAGACUCAUUUGAGUCUCUGAAUUUCUCUUUUUUUCAUUUUGGCUGAGAACAAACAAGAAACAGUUCACUUUUUAUAGCAGUAAUCAGUGGAGGUUCACGCAGUAGUAGCAUGCCUGUGCGUGUUCGCCUAGCACUUCUCCAUCACUGAAAAUAAAGGGCUUAACAGGCACAUAACCUCUGUGUGAGGAGAUGACAGACUCUCCUUGAUUGAAUCCCUGUUGCCAUCUUCUGAAUGAAACUCUACUAUAAUGUUAUAUUUGUUGGGUUUCCAAAUCACCACAAGAUCUAUCCAUACUCUUCACUGACGCUAUCUGUAUGGAUGAAUAAAGAUGGAUGAAAUUCUGACCAUCAGUUGAAAUGCCCUUAAAGUCAGAUGUUUGGUAAUCCCCAAAGAACAUUCUCCAAGCAUAGUCAGCCAACUACAGCUGGUACCUUUCAUCCGAGUGCCAUCUAUCCACUUCCCAGUCAAAGAAUAUGGAAUUUUUUUUUUGUCUCUCUCUCUGUCUCUUCUGCGCUUUCUUAGCGUUCAUUCCUCACGCCCCACCUAUCCAUCAACUACCCUCAGCAUUCAGCAGUUAGGCUGUUUGAAUGCGCAAGUGCUAUUUGUACAUAGUGUGCACACUCAUGUUUGCCAAGAGGAGCGCUUGCAGUGUAGCAUCACAGCCUUGACAGCUAGAGAGCAUCACAGACAAAAACCAGAGCCGUUUGCUUUUUAUGUAGUCUUUCUGAAGUUUUAGUGUUCAGGGGUUGGGUUGCUGGGAAUUUUUAGGGAAAUAUAUUAUGGUGGUUUUUCAGGACUCUACUGAAGAGGCCCCCAUUUCACUGUGAGACUAUAGCACCACCAAGUGGUCAAUUGAGGACCCAAAAUAACAGCAGUGGUCUUUAGAGAGUUCUUUCCACCUCAGUCAGGAAUUAACACAUGCCCUGAUGAAACAGCCAUGAAAGAAGAUGUUUUUGCAUAAUUGAGAAGAUCGAGCAGCGGAUCACAAAAUAAAGGGAGAGAGCUGCCAACGUAUUCAGUAGAAUCCACUUGCCUAACUCCAAGUACAAUCCUCUCAAUUUCACACACUACUGAUGAAAAAAGGAAUAAUUUCUCUGAUCAAAAGAAAACAAAAGGAGUCACGACACUCAUUCAAUUAAGCUCCCUCCAACCCCUCUUCCAAAGAGUCAUCAAUGAGAGGAAACCACUGGUUGUGAAAUUAUAGAAAAGAUGCAGCUUGAUAGGGUUUAUUACGGUAACACGCGUUAUGAAUGGAACUGUACUGUAUGUUUGUUGCACUAUGUAUUCCUUUCCCUUUCUCUUCAUUUACUUCCUGAAAUCAUAGAUGUGAUGUUUCCACUGAACAAAGUGUAGCAUGAUUUGAAAAGCUUUGAGGGGUGUCAUUUGAAAACUUAUUUCAGAACACGUUUCUAAUUUAGGUAUUUUGUAUGGAUGUUGCGUAUAGACUUGUGUGUGUGUGUGCCAUUGUGAAUGCAUUGGUAGUGUGAAUAUGAAGGGCUGUGUUUCAGAAGGGACAUAUGAUGAAGCCCAAUGAAUACUAAAAAGUCCAAAUCAGCCAUUUUAAAGAAAAAAACAACACAGAAUAUAAGCAAAAUUUUAGCAUGACCUGUUUUUUUUUUCUUUUCUAACAUUUGGAUGGAAUGUGUUGGAAAAAUGGGAUAUUUUAAUGGGAGAUGUAUAUUUUAUAAUAUAAUCUACAUUUCUAGAUUAGUAGAGACUAUUGAGUACAGUAUAUGUACAAAAAGCAUAUAUCAAAUGUGAAAUAUUUAUAUAGUAUUAUAAUGAUAGAUUAUAGCAUUGUGUGAUACUACAGCUGUGUGGCAUAUCCAGACUCAGUACAUGUGAAAAGAACUUCAAAUGAUUAUUAUCUUCAGUUUGUGAGUGCUGGGUCAGGUUCACAGGGUAAAACUGGCAAGCGUGUUAAUUGCCAAGUAUGCUCCUCCUUAGCCCUACUGUAUAUCUUUCUGUGGUUCUAACAACAUAUACUGCUGUAUCCCCCUCCUUUCACCCUUUUCUCUUCUUCCCUGUAUUUCCUCUUUAGAACCAACUACAUGUGCCUAACCAGCUAUAUGUGGAGGUUUCCUUUGAACACAGUUUACAGUAUAUAUAGAAAGAUGUGUAAAUAGAAAAGUAUAAAAUUUGCAGAGAAUAGUGUUAACAAAAAUGUUUUUAUUGUACUGACAUGCCAUCAUCUGUCUCCCUCAUUUUCACUUGCAAUACACACAUAAAACUGGCAGAUUUUUGUUGACGUUAACACUGCAUGUUUUAUGACAACCUCUUGGAAAGAUUAAGCUGAACCUCGUUUUUUGACUGGCGAAAGGAAAGCAAAUUUUGUAGCUUAUAAACCUUUUUUGUGAUUGAAAAAAAAAUUGACAAGAUUUUACAACUGAGUUAUUUCAAUGAUUCACUUCUUUGUACAAAGAUUAUAUCCUUGGAGGACAAUGAUACUGGCAACCUGGAAACGGCAAUCUCAACAGAUCAAUUUAACAACCUCCCAUGUAAAACAAGCUACCCUGGAAAUGAAGAAAAGGGGCUGAGAUUCAGACAUUGUGCUUCAUUCAUUUGCAGAAGUGUAGGUUGCAGAGCAACCUGUUAUCCCCUCGUCUUUCUCCUCUUCUACCCUCAAACUUGAUGACAUCUCAGUGGUGUUUGACACAGCCCUCAUCAAACAAAGCACAAAGACCUGCUUUUAUACUGUUACUCCACUGUGAAGGACUCUUGACUACACCCUCACAGUCCUCAAACCUACACAUGGAGGGAUGGCAAGGUCUUUCCAUUAUGAGUCAGCCUUGAGGGAUGGACACCAGGAUUCAAAGAGGCUUUGUUGGGUAUUUAUCCACAGUAGCAAAUACUAGGCUACUUCAAUUCUUGCUGACUUCCUCCUCUAUACUUUUUAUCACAAGUUGAGGUGUUAGCCAGCCACCUUGCCUUGAAACAGGUCCAUUGUAAACACACUUUUGGUGGUUGUGAUUUCCAUGCUUUUAGUUGUGUAUUUUACCUAUCAAUCUGUCCUAUAUCUGCACAGUAUAAAUACAGGGGCCUCAGCUAAAAUAGCACCUGGUAGUAUAUAAUUGUACAAACAUGAUCCAAGCACUCACCAACACAACAGACUACUAUACGAACCCUUUCACCUCUUUCUAGAAGUGCAAAAACCCCACGUGGACAGCCAGACGGACAAGUCAACUCCGAGUACCUCAGUUUCUAGCAGCAGUGUCUCCAACCCCGACCCAGG